UAUUUUUUGUGUAUCUGAAAUUUAUUUUUUUUUUCGUUAAAAAAAAAUUCAAAAUUGAAACAACUUUUCUUCCAUCCGUACAAUCCACAAAGGCAUGUAAUGUCAAAAUCAUGUGUUUUAAUACAAAAACAAUAACGAUUCGGCGACAGUUGGAAACUAUAGAAAAUAAUACUAUUAAAAACGGGAUUAGUUAUGAGUUUUCGGAGCACCUAUAAGCUGAUUUCUAAACAGGCUGUACACUGGUUUCCCGGUCAUAUGGGAAAGGGUUUGAAACAAAUGCAACAACGGCUUAAAAUGGUCGAUUGCGUAGUAGAAGUGCACGAUGCGCGCAUACCAUUUUCUGGACGUAAUCCUGAAUUCGAACAAACUAUAACAGGAGGAGAUUUGAAGCCACAUGUUCUAGUGCUGAAUAAGAAAGAUCUUGUGGAUAGACGUGACCAGCGUAAAGUAGAAAAUGAAUUAAAAAACAACGGCAUUAAAAAUAUCAUAUUUACAAAUUGUAAAAACCAACAGUGUCAGGGAACAAGAGAAUUGUUGCCAAAGAUAACAGAAUUAAUAGUGGAAUCUGAUCGCUACAAUCGAAGGAACGAAAAAGAUUAUAAUGUCAUGGUUAUUGGUGUGCCUAACGUGGGUAAGAGUUCUUUACUGAACGUUCUACGUAACAAGAACUUGGGUAAGAAGAGUGCAGCAGCUGUUGGUGCUGAAGCGGGCAUUACGCGAUCAGUUUUGGAAAAAAUAAAAAUAUGUGAAGCUCCAUUAACGUAUAUGAUUGAUACACCCGGCAUAUUAGAGCCUAGAGUCACGGAUGAUGAAAUGGGCAUGAAACUUGCAUUAGUAGGCUGUUUUCCCGAUCACAUUGUAGGAAUUGACCAAAUAGCAGACUAUUUGUUGUACUGGCUUAAUAAACAUAAUAAAUUUGAAUAUGUAGAAGUGCUUGGUUUGAAAAAUGCUACAGAUCAUAUAGCCGAACUUUUAUUUUACCAUGCAAAAAACUUAGGAAAAACACGUAAGAUUAAAAGGUAUGACGGCCAAGUAAUUACCAUGCCUGAUAUGUUAUAUGCGGCGCAGAAUUUUGUACAGAUAUUUAGAAAAGGAGAGUUUGGCCAUAUACUUUUAGACAAAGUUUAAAAAAUUGUAACACGAAAAUAAUAAUCAAAUAAAAGUGUUAAUUCUUAUAACUAA